AUGGACGACUCGAUUUUCAAGGAGAAAUAUCAAAAGUACAAGCUACGUGUGAAAGUAUGGGAAAAGGAUUUCAAAAAGAAGAACGGUCGUGUGCCUUCAAAAGAGUGUAGAACGCAAUCAGCGCCAGUUCUCCCUAGCUCCAGUUCGCUGGCAGAUUCCAAAACGCGUGCGCCGAGCAUUAAAGCCAGCGUGAGCAGCAAGCUUUUUCAAUCAUCCAAGAGCUUUGUGAAACGAAAUCCGCGCAAGCCGCUUUCACGCAGCGCGCUCAACCUAAACGCCUCAGCUACAGCUGGUGGCAAUGAUAAUCUUGCUGAAGAACUGCCCGAUCUGGAAACUAUACUCAUACGGAAGGCGCAGGAGCAUAAAGCUGCCGAAGCUAUAGCUGCCAGUGCUCUACUCGCAGCCGAAUCAAGCAAGGACUCUAUUAAAACACAUAUAGAUGAGGGCUGGCUGCAAAGAAAUACGGCACAAAAUUCACUGGAGCAACAGACAGGCAAGAUGGCAACACCAAACAAAAAUGCCACGCCAGCCAAAAAGAGUAACUUUGGUCUCGCCAAUAUAGAUAUAAGUAAACUAAAGGCGGCAAUUAAUGUAGAGGAACAGCCAACUGCCGUUGCACCUGUUGCGGCAGUAGUUACUGUUACUUCAGUAGUUCCUGUUGAACUGCCUGCUGUAAAUGUGGCGGCUAUGGACACUGAUUCGGACUCGAUUGUGGCCGACAGUGAAGAAGAAACUGAGCAGCCAGAAUAUAGACAUAUUGUCAAGAGACGAAGAAUUAUGCCUGCAAAUGAAACACAGUCCAUAGUGGCUGAGGUGGCGGAGCCCGCACCAGCACCCACCACAGCCAAGCCAUCCCAAGAUGAAGACGAAGGCGAAGCUGAAGGCAAAGAUUUCUCUGCUGACGAAGAGCGUGAUGCUACAUAUGUGCCAGAACUACCCAAGAAAGCUAAACGCAAGCAGGCCACAGCUAAGCGACAAACUGCUGUUAAGUCAGAGAAGAAGCCCAAAGCGCCAAAGGCUGCCAAACCACCAAAGGCUGACAAGCCGCCAAAGGCUACGAAACCACGCAAGACGACCAAAGCAAAGGGAAGCAAGACUGAGCCAUAUGAACCAGAGGAAGAGCCUGAAGAGCAACCACUUAACCCCGAAGAUCUCAAGUAUGUGCUUGCCUUGGAGUCUGGCGAUAUAACCAGCGUGCCACGCAUUAAGCCCGCUGAGCUGGAGCAGGCAGAUGAAAUGGCACAGCGUUACAUUAGCAAUUUCUCUGCGGGCACAGCUACUGCGGCGCCCGUGUCUCAGAUGGAUCAGAAGCGUGCUGCAGCACGACGCAAAUUGGAGGAGAAGGUGGCAUCGGGCAAGCUCAACGAGAACUUUGUGACCAUCAACAUACAAAAAAAGAAAUUUGCUCGAGGCAAGAAAACUGUCAACUUUUCCAAAUACAAAAAGCAGCAGUGGAGGAAUAAGAAACGCGUGGCUGCCUUGACAGGUCCCGACAUGGACAUGGGUGGCUGCGAUGGCGGCGUGUUGACCUGCUUCACUUGCGGAGGCGUGGGACACUUUGCGCAGCAGUGCAAGGUAAAGGGUGAUGCGCUGUUGCCGCUCACUGCGCAGCUAGAAGAAGACCCUUCACCAUUUCCCACGCUGGAGGAGGCGGAGCAAAUGGCCACACAGGGCGCGUUGGCUGCGCAUAGUCGUAAUCUAUCGCGAUUGCCACAGGCAGCAAAUGCGGCUAUUUAUCAAAGUGAUUCAAGCAGCGAAGAGGAGAGUGAGGAGGAAUCAACUGCGCAGGCAGCUGAAGUGGUAUUUAGCGAUAGCGAUGAUGAUGAUAUUGAUUUUGAAGCUUUGGACGCAGCUAUGUCUAGCCAGCAGACGCAACAAGUGUCGCCGAUUAAAAGCUAUGUGGGCCACAAGAUACCCGAGGAGUUUCUCAAGCAGGCAGGACUGGAUGGCCAGAAGAGUACAAAACUUGGCGGAGUUAAGCCACUCUAUGAACUCAAUGCUGAUAGCAGCGUGGCAGAAGUAACGCCUGAGGUUAUGGAGGCGCUGCAUAUGUUUGGGCACAAUAAUUUUCGCAAAGGGCAGGAUCGCGCUGUUAUGCGCAUACUGAGCGGUCUGUCCACGUUGGUAACGCUCAGCACUGGCAGCGGUAAAUCACUGUGUUAUCAGCUGCCUGCUUAUUUAUAUAGUCGCCGGCAAGGCGCCAUCACGCUGGUUAUAUCACCUUUGGUUUCCUUAAUGGAGGAUCAGGUAACUGGCGUGCCGCACUUUCUACGUGCCCAUUGUCUGCACACCAAUCAAACGCCACAGCAGCGUCUGAAGGUGCAACAAAUGAUAGCCGAUGGUGAGGUGGACAUACUGCUGGUGUCACCCGAGGCGGUGGUGUCGGGAGAACGUGCCACGGGCUUUGGCGCCAUUUUGCGGCAGCUACCACCAAUCGCCUUUGCUUGCAUAGACGAAGCUCAUUGCGUGUCACAGUGGAGUCAUAAUUUUCGUCCCAGCUACCUGAUGAUCUGCAAGGUGCUCAAGCAGAAUCUGGGCGUGCAAACGGUGCUGGGAUUGACGGCUACGGCAACACUGCCCACGCGCAUUAGCAUUAUUGAGCAUCUCGGUAUAACAGAUGGCGAACGUGGCAUUAUUAGCGACAUACCACUACCAGAUAAUUUGAUUCUAUCUGUAUCCAAGGAUGAGAAUCGUGAUGCAGCGCUGUUGCAGCUGCUCAACAGCGAGCGCUUUGAUUGCUGUCAGUCAAUCAUCAUUUACUGCACGCGUCGUGAUGAAUGCGAGCGCAUCGCUGGCUUUAUACGCACCUGCAUGCAGGAGCGUAAGCAGCCGGCGCCACAGCAAGGCAAGCAAAAGCGCAAACGUGUCAACUGGCAGGCUGAGCCAUAUCAUGCUGGCAUGCCCGCCUCCAGGCGUCGCACUGUGCAAAAUGCUUUUAUGGGCAACGAACUGCGAAUUGUGGUGGCCACCAUUGCCUUCGGCAUGGGCAUUAACAAGCCCGAUAUACGCGCCGUCAUUCACUACAAUAUGCCACGUAAUUUUGAAAGCUAUGUGCAGGAAAUCGGACGCGCGGGACGUGAUGGUUUGCUAGCACACUGUCAUCUGUUCUUAGAUCCAAAGGGUGGCGAUCAGAGUGAGCUGCGUCGUCAUGUUUAUUCCAAUUCUAUAGAUCGUCAUGUGAUACGCAAGUUGCUGCAACGCAUCUUUGUGCCUUGUUGCUGCGACAAAGAAAAGAAGCAGCCACAGGCAUUGGCUACGAGUGCAUCAGGAGCGCGUGCUCAUGCUUGCCCUGGGCAUGAGAUUGGCUUUUCGGUGGAGCAAACUGUUGAGGCGCUGGACAUACCUGCUGAGAAUAUAUCAACGCUGUUGUGUUACAUGGAACUGGAUACACGCUGGUCAAUGAAUGUGCUAAGCUCUGCCUACGUCAUGGCCAAGGUUAUUUCUUACGGCGGGCCCAAGUAUCUCAAACAUGCCGCCAAGGAGUGCCCACCCUUGGCCAUGGCCAUUGCGCUGCAAAUUAAGAACAAGACUUUCAAGGACGAUGCUAAUAUUAUAGAGUUUUCUGCUACAGAUAUAGCCGCGGCCAUUGGUUGGAACAGCGGUGUGGUCAAGUACCAGCUUAAAAAUCUGGAGUGGAUGCAGGUCAAUGGUUAUCCGAAGCGAUCACCCAUCACGGUCAGCUUCUUUGAUUUGGGUUUUCGCAUCAAGGCGCCAGGCGAUUUUACUGAAGCAGAAAUCGAUGAUGCCUUGGACACGCUGUACGAGCGUUCGGUGAAACAGGAGCGCACUCAGCUUAUACAAUUGCAAUAUGUUGCCCAUGGACUGUCGGCUGUAGCAUAUAGUACUAGCGCGCAAUGUUGUAGUGCGGAUUUUCCACAAGACCGCGGUAAUCAGCUUAAGGGCAUUGUUCGCAAUUACUUCCGCAACGAUUAUCCUCAAGACUUGGAGCUCGAAAUUGAGCCAAGCAAUGUGCCAGAUGACCAUAUAAUUAGUGAUGUACACGCUUUAGUCAACAUGUAUCCGGACAAUACUUUCAGUGGUCGCAACAUCGCCCGAAUUUUUCAUGGCAUCUCAAGUCCAAAUUUUCCCGCUGUCAUGUGGGGUCGCUGCAAGUAUUGGCGUGCUCACACCAAAGUUGAUUUUAAUCGCAUAUUGAAGUUGGCCAAUAUAGAAAUAGUUAAGCGGCGCAUGUGAUAA